AUGGUUGGAAAACCCAAAAACGACGCCGUGAGAGUAAAAGUAACGAACCCUAAAUCGCGAGCAGAAGAUUCCUUCCUUCCUUCCUUCUUCCCUCCAAGUUCCCAUCCGAAACUUUCUGAGGCUCAGCUCGUUCUCUCCCGGCGGCGUGAGCUUUACUCUCUGUCUCUGCUCCUUUUAGACCAACACCUUCUUCUUGAGGUUGCUAACUUUGCGGCUAAUUUGAUCUCUUGGGAUUUUGAUUAG